ACAACAACAGUGAUGGCGGCUGCAGCACGGUUUCUUAUCCGAGGUGCAAACCCGAAACUUUCCAUCUCCGGCGGUGGCACUUUGCUAAAGCUGUCGCCGAGCUGCAGCUCCCGCACAAAAACACAACGCAGGCAUGCAGCACAUUUUACGUAUCAUCCUGACCCCGUCCCGACACAAUAUGGACCCACCACGAAGAUGAACUUGUUCCAGUCCGUUACAAGUGCCUUGGAUAACACUCUCGCCUCUGAUCCCACAGCAGUCAUCUUCGGGGAGGACGUGGCAUUUGGUGGAGUAUUCCGAUGCACAGUGGGCCUGAGAGACAAAUACGGUAAGGACAGGGUCUUCAACACUCCCCUUUGCGAGCAGGGGAUUGUGGGAUUCGGUAUCGGUGUAGCCGUUGCCGGUGCCACCGCCAUUGCUGAGAUCCAGUUUGCUGACUACAUCUAUCCUGCUUUUGACCAGAUAGUCAAUGAAGCAGCUAAGUACCGCUAUCGCUCUGGCAACCUGUUCGACUGUGGUAACCUCACCAUUCGGGCUCCGUGGGGGUGUGUCGGCCACGGAUCACUUUACCACUCUCAAAGCCCCGAGGCCUUCUUCGCCCACUGCCCCGGCAUCAAGGUUGUAAUACCUCGUGGUCCAGUGCAGGCCAAGGGGCUGCUCCUCUCCUGCAUCGCCGACCAGAACCCGUGCAUUUUCUUUGAGCCCAAGAUCCUCUACAGAGCAGCAGUGGAGCAGGUUCCUGUGGAGUCCUACACCAUCCCACUCUCGCAGGCAGAGGUCCUACAGGAAGGAAGUGACAUCACUAUGGUUGCCUGGGGGACACAGAUCCAUGUGAUGAGGGAAGUGGCCAACAUGGCUCAAGAGAAACUGGGAGUGUCCUGUGAGGUCAUCGAUCUACAGACCAUACUGCCCUGGGAUGUCGAGACUGUUUGCAAGUCGGUGGUGAAAACUGGACGUUUGCUCAUCAGUCAUGAGGCACCAAUAACCGGAGGCUUUGCAGCUGAAAUCAGCUCUACAGUACAGGAGGAGUGCUUCCUUAACUUGGAGGCUCCCAUCAGUAGGGUCUGUGGUUAUGACACCCCCUUCCCUCACAUCUUUGAACCCUUCUACAUCCCAGACAAGUGGAAGUGCUUUGAAGCAAUCAAGAAGAUGAUCAACUACUGAACUCCACUCAGAGCCAACUUCUGGAAGCCCUGAACUCCGCGUUCUCCCUUUUCCUCUUCAUUCAUCCAAUCGGUGGAGAGCAGCCAGGAAAAGACACUUUGUUGACCAUCCAAUCAGGAAGCAGUAUCCAGAUGGGCUCCAUGUCCCUCUGUGUCCUCCAGCCAAAAGACUGUUACAUUACCUCUGGAUUAGGGAGCCUCAUUCUGCUGCAAGGGGGGAAAAUAACGACCGUGGUGAAGACGUAAUCCAUUCUAUAUGAUGUAACUACUUUGGCAUCAGCUGUCGACAUAAUGCACAUCAUUUAAUUUCCUCACAGAUAAAAGUUGGAGCAUUUUUGGAAGUAGUAUUGGUUGAAUUUGUAACCGUUUGCCUUUCUGUGCUGUUACUUUUGAUUGAAUGUCUCCAACUCUGCUCUAAUCCUUAUUUAGUUUGACAUGAACUGAACCUUAUUGUACUAAUAUAAUGGACCUGUGGUUUUUAAGGAAAAUAAAAUAAUCAGAACUGGUGAAAACA